GGACAGCGGGGGGACACCGCGGGGACACCGGGGGACAGCGGGGCGCUCCCGGGGCCGCGGCCAUGCGGCUGCUGCGCUGCCUGGGGAAGCGCGCGGCGCUGGCCGGCGUCCCCACCUACAUCGAGCACUUCAGCAAGUUCUCGCCGUCGCCGCUCUCCAUGAAGCAGUUCCUGGACUUCGGCUCCAGCAAUGCCUGUGAGAAGACGUCCUUCGCCUUCCUGCGCCAGGAGCUGCCCGUGCGCCUCUCCAACAUCAUGAAGGAGAUCAACCUGCUGCCCGACCGCGUCCUGCGCACGCCCUCCGUGCAGCUGGUACAGAGCUGGUACGUCCAGAGCCUGCUGGACAUCAUGGAGUUCCUGGACAGGGACCCCGAGGACCAGGCCACGCUGGGACAGUUCACGGACUCCCUGGUCACCAUCCGCAACCGGCACAACGACGUGGUGCCCACCAUGGCCCAGGGGGUCAUCGAGUACAAGGAGGCCUAUGGAGACGAUCCCGUCUCCAACCAGAACAUCCAGUACUUCCUCGACCGCUUCUACCUGAGCCGCAUCUCCAUCCGCAUGCUCAUCAACCAGCACACUCUGCUCUUCGACGGCAGCACCAACCCUGCACACCCCAAACACAUCGGGAGCAUCGACCCCCACUGCAACGUGGCCAACGUGGUGAGAGAUGCCUACAACAUGGCCAAGCUCCUGUGUGACAAGUACUACAUGGCCUCGCCUGACCUGGAGAUCGAGGAGGUGAACGCCACCAACUCCCAGCAGCCCGUGAGCAUCGUCUACGUGCCCUCCCACCUCUACCACAUGCUCUUCGAGCUCUUCAAGAAUGCCAUGAGAGCCACCGUGGAGAGCCACGAGAGCAGCCCCCGCCUGCCUGCCAUCAAGGUCAUGGUGGCCCUGGGCCAGGAGGACCUUUCCAUCAGGAUGAGUGACAGGGGCAUGGGGGUCCCCCUGAGGAAGAUCGAGCGUCUCUUCAGCUACAUGUACUCCACGGCCCCCACCCCCCAGAUGGGCACUGGGGGCACCCCCCUGGCCGGGUUUGGCUACGGGCUGCCCAUCUCCCGCCUCUACGCCAAGUACUUCCAGGGGGACCUGCAGCUCUUUUCCAUGGAGGGCUUCGGCACCGACGCCGUCAUCUACCUGAAGGCCCUGUCCACGGACUCUGUGGAGCGGCUGCCCGUGUACAACAAGUCGGCGUGGCGGCACUACCAGGCCAGCCAGGAGGCCGGGGACUGGUGUGUGCCCAGCACCGAGCCCAAGAACACCUCCACCUACCGCGUGCCCUAAGCCCCCCGGGGCUCACAGCCCCCCAGGCUGCAGGGAACCCCUUGCCCCAGCUCACAGGGCCCUCCCGGGGUGGCCCCCAGGGCCCCCGGGGGUUGUUGGAGCAUCCCGGUUCUGUGGCUCUUCAGGCUCCACUGGAAGGGGGUCCCGGUGGGGUGUGGGGGGUCCCAGUGGGUUGUGAGGGGGUCCCAGCACCCCCCACCUUGGUGGCACUUAGGUACGUAGCUGGGGGGGUGUUGGAGCAGCGUGGAGGGGGUAAAGCCCCUCUUGCCCCCUCUCCCACCCCCUUCCCUUCACACCCACCCCAGGGGGUGCACCCCAGCCCAGCAGGGGACUGGUCUCCUUUCCCAGUAUGACCAGUGGCACUUCCCUGCCCCUCCAGCCCUGACGGGGGGGGGGCCCAGGCCUGACCCGCCCUCCCCCCCAUUUCCCAUCUCCCAUCCCUGUUAUUGCACUACUGAGCUGUUCUCACCUGCGUGUGCCCCCCACCCCUGCACCCCUUGCACUCCCCCGGGGUGGGUUCCCCACCCCACACAUGCUGUGACCUGCUCAGAAACCUCCCCCUCCUCCCCCAAAUUCUCCUUUCCCCUCCACCCCCCAGACCGUCCCUCCCCACUGUCAGUAAAUUGGUUGUUGGUUGA